GACGACUUUUUGUGUUAUCGCGUGUUUCGGGGUAGUAAAGAAUAAUUGUUAUCUUGUCGUGCUCUUUGUGCAAUUUAUCUUUAUGCUAAGGUGGCCCUGUUGUUUUGCACUCAGUUUUAAAGAAAAAAGUUUAUGAAAUUAAUUGGAAACCUUGCCUUUAUAAUAGUUAUUGAAAACACCAAGUGAACGCUGAAGACACUAAACGAGUUAGAGAGUCCCAGUGUAGAAUUAAAUCACAAUAUUCAAUAAAAACUCUCAGACAGUUGAUUUUUGAUGAAGUGCUCAAACCAAAGUCAUGCCGUGCCACAUAGUACCAGUCAACCAAGUCCCGAUCAACAAUGGAUUGUGAACCAAGAGAAGAAAAUAAUUCAGUUGGUCCAAAACAUAAAUAAGAAAAUAAAAAAUGCUGAAAGUGAAAGGGAUUUAAUUUUGAGAAUUAUAGCUCACUUACAAACUCAAGAGGGACUUGCUACUGACAGUAACAAAUAUUCCAGUCAUGAAUCAUAUCCAGUGAACGGAAUUAAGUCCUUAUGUGCUGAGAAUAUGGGGAAGCAAAACUCGUGUGAAAAAGUUGAGCACAAUGACAAAAACGCUCUGUGCAAAUUGGGCAAUCUUUCUGAGGGAAUUCAUUCAAAGUGUAUCAGAUGCAAUAAUGCUCCAAACAAUUCUAAACAAUCGCGACGUAAUUCAAAUUCAGUCAGUCCUCCAGAAAAAUGUGGUGCAGUGGAGCUUCAUAACAUUGAAAAAUUUAUUAACGUUGUGCUGAUUCGAAAGCUUCAAACUUUGGCUGAUCAUUGUCGCAAAUCUUUACAAACAUGUUUAUAUCUCCACCAAAAUGGUUGUAUGAAUCCUGCUCAUCAACCUGAAACGCCAACUUGGACUAAUGUACCUAAUUUCUUUCCAAGAGGUUGUCCAUGUAUAAAUUCCAGUUUAAAUGAUGGACUACUUAUGCGUAAUUCUAAUCGCGAUACAACUGCCACUACCCUUUAUAAAGUCAAAGAGCCAGUCAAAGAUGAACACUCUUGUAAAACUUUAUUGAAUAAUUCGAUUUCGAUGAAUCCAAUAUUUAAUUCUAAGUCUCAAAAUUAUCAAGCUGUUGAACGUGGAACAAAUGCUAAACCAUGUAAAAAGAUUUUGAAUGCUAAUAAAUUAACAUUUACAAGUAAUAAAUAUUGUAGUGGAAAAUGUUAUCACUGUAAAGAAAAUCAGUUGAGAACACCUGUGAUACGCGAAGUGAUUGACCAUACGGCACCAAUGAGAAAAAUAGAAUGGAGAUAACAAUAACAUUUGUAUAUGCUUAAUCUUUUAAGAUAUAAUAAAAAACCAAAUAUUUUUUCGAAGAAAUAUAUUUGCGACACUUGUGUUUUCCUUGA